AUGGACCUCGUGACGCUGCUCGGCAACUGCCAGAAUCCCGACCAUGCCACGCGAAAGCAAGCGGAAGAUGCCCUCGAGCAAGCAGGCAACAGCAACAUGGGCGAGCUGAUGCUCCGGUUGGUUGUGGAGCUCGCCAACGAGCAGCAGAGCGAGGUGAUCCGGCAGCAGGCCGGGCUCUACAUCAAGGUGCAGCUCAGCGCUGAGGAGGAGGCUAUCCGUGCGCACAAGCUGCAGCAGUGGGCGAUGCUCGACGAAGCCACGAAGGCGCAGAUCAAGGCCGGCUCCAUGCAGACUCUACACUCGCCAGUUGCUGGUCCAAGGUCGACGGCUGCUCUUAUCGUCGGGAAGAUGGGCGCAAUCGAGCUGCCUCAGGACAAGUGGCCUGAGUUACUCCCCACCUUGCUGGGCAACGUCACCGGGGAAUUCGAGGAGAGGGUCAAGGUGGCCACGCUGCAGGCGCUGGGCUACAUGUGCGAUGACUGGGAACCCGAGGACAUGAACGAGGGGCAAUCGAACCAGAUCCUGACGUGCAUCGUUGACGGGAUGAGGCCGGACAGGCCACCGGCUAUCCGCGGGGCGGCGGCCCGGGCCCUGAUCAACUCGCUCGACUUUACGAGGAGCAACUUCGAGACACAGCAGGAGCGCGACGUUAUCAUGCAGGUGGUGUGCGAAGCGACCCAGUGCGCCGACGCGAACGUCCGGAAAGCGGCGUACGAAGCCAUCUGGACGAUCGCCACCCUCUACUACGACCGCCUGCAGGCCUACAUGCAGCCCCUCUUCGAGCUGACGCUGGAGACCAUCCGGAAAGAUCAGGAGGACGUCGCUCUCAACGCCAUGGAGUUCUGGAGCAGCCUCUGUGACGAAGAGCUUGAGAUCAUGGACGAAAACGCCUACGAGAGGGAGCCCGGGACCUCCCGGGUGUCUCAAAACUACGUGAAGCUGGCCCUGAAGUCGUUGAUGCCGGUGGUGCUGGAGACACUUUCCAAGCAGGAUGAGGACAGUGCCGACGACUUGGAGCACUGGGAUCUCGCCAAGGCGGGGGCGACUUGCUUGCGGCUCAUCGCGCAGCUGGUGGAUGACGACGUGGUGGACCAGAUGGUGCCGUUUGUGACGGAGAACAUCCAGUCGGCCAACUGGCGGCAGCGCGAGGCGGCAGUGAUGGCCUUCGGGGCAGUGCUCGAGGGGCCUACCGUCGAGAAGCUGUCCCCCCUGGUGCAGUCGGCGAUGCCGAUCCUCAUCGGCCUGAUGCGCGACCCUCACGUCAUGGUGAAGGACAGCGCUACCUGGACCAUCGGGAAGAUCUGCGAGCUGCACGGUCCCUCCAUCCCUGCGGACGUGCUCACCCCGCUGGUGGAAGCCCUGCUGCUGGCGCUCAAGGACACUCCCCGGGUGUGCUCCAAGGCGUGCUUCGCGCUGCACAACUUCGGGGACCAGUUCGAGGACAGCAGGGACGCCGAGACCAACGCGCUGUCGCCGUACCUGACCGCCCUCGUGCAGGAGUUGCUCCUGGCGACCCAGCGGGAUGACGGAUCCGAUGCGAACUUGCGCAGCGAGGCGGUAGAGGCCAUGAACGUUCUCAUCAAGAACUCUGCGCGGGAUAUGGUGGAGGUAGUGCGCUCGACGCUGCAGGUGGUCUUGUCGCAGCUGGAGCAGUCGUUCUCCGCGCCCGUGCUGACGGCGGAGGACCGCGAUAGGUUGCAGGGGCUGCAGUCGCUUCUUUGCGGCAACCUGCAGGUAAUUUGCAUCAAAUUCGGGAAAGAGGUGGUACCGUACUCGGACCGCAUCAUGAACAUUCUCGUCGAGGUGUUCAAGAACAAGCAGGCGGUGGCACAGGAAGAGGCGUUUAUGGCUGUGGGUGCUCUUGCGGAUCAGAUGGAGAAGGCAUUCAUCAACUACAUGGAGGCCUUCUUGCCGAUCCUCACACAGGGGUUGUCCAACAACGCGGAGUACCAGGUGUGCAUCGUCGCCACUGGGGUGGUGGGAGACCUCUGCCGUGCGUUGGAGAAGGACAUCCUGCCGUACUGCGAGCACAUCAUGGUCUGGUUGAUGUUCAACCUUGAGGGGGCCAACAUCAACCGGGAUGUAAAGCCGGUAGUCCUGGCGUGCUUGGGAGACAUCGCCCUCGCCAUUCAGGGGGAGUUCCGGCACUACCUAGAGCCGACGAUGAACAUGCUGGCACAGGCCCAGGGUGUCUGCGGCAGCACCGCCGGGCAGGACGAGGACAUGGUGGACUACAUCAACGUCCUGCGGGAAAGCGUGCUCGAAGCCUACUCCGGCAUCGUUCAGGGCCUCAACGAGGAAAACAACAACCAGACGCAUGCGCUAGUACCGUCCUUGCCGGCGUUGAUGACGUUCCUCGAGCAACUGGCGGCCGACACCAACAAGGACGACGACGUCCUCAAGACAGCUAUCGGGGUUGUCGGAGACCUCGCGCAAGGCCUGGGGGCGGCGCAGGCGCCCAACCUCCGUACCCCUGGAGUGCUUGCGUUGCUUCGAGAGGGACAGAGCACCGGCCACGACGAAGCUAUCAUCGCGCUGGCCAACUGGGCAUCCGAGCAGGUCGGCCAACCUGGGGCAUGA